GAAUUUAAUUUAUCAUUUACCUGUUCAUUGUGUUUUGCGUUCAACCCGAAUCUGGAUUUUGUGCCUGUUUUCACUUUCCUUUCAUUGUUUACUCGCCAAAGAUGGUUGAUUUAAGGACGGAAAGUUCGGUGAUCAGAGAGUUUCUGGCUGAAUUUUUGGGAACCUUCAUUUUAACUACAUUAGGUUGCUGUGUGAAUGCGGCUUCUGCUGUUUCUAAACAUGGAGCUAUCAGUGGUAUGACUGGCCCAUGGGGAUGGGGAUUGGCCCUUACAGCAUCAAUCUAUGUUUCUGGUGGAGUUUCAGGAGGUCAUGUUAAUCCAGCAGUUACAUUAGGUAUGGCCGCAAUCGGUAAAUUAUCAUGGCUAAAGGUUCCUCAUUAUUUUGCGGCUCAAUAUAUUGGAGCUUUUUUCGGUGCAAUGGCUACUUAUUUUGUCUACAUCGAAGCAAUUACAUCUAACUUUGGUGUCGACUUACAAACUGAGGGUGCAAAUGCAACAGCAAGUAUCUUUGGUACUUUCCCUCAAUCAGAAGUCUCUGUAGGAACAUGUUUCCUGGAUCAGGUCAUCUGCGUUUCUCUAUUUCUUUUAAUCAUCCAAGCAAUUACCGAUGAAAGAAAUAUGGGUUGUCCUAAAGGUUUAAUUCCAAUUGCAAUUGGUAUCGCUGACUUGUCUCUAAUGAUUUUUGCCUUUGGAUUCAACUGUGGAGCUCCAAUCAAUCCAGCACGAGACUUUGGUCCGAGACUCUUUUCCUCACUGGUCGGCUAUGGAGGUGAAGUUUUUUCCCUUCGUGGUUACAAUUACUUUUGGCUUCCACUGGUUGCUCCUCAUAUUGGAGGAAUCAUCGGAUCCUGGAUUUAUGUAAUCUGUAUCAGCCUUCAUUGGCCGGCUCAAAAUUUUGAUGUUGAAAGUGAGGAGCAAAGUGAAAAGUUCAUUAACCGAUCCCAAUAACAAUCAUUAACACAAGAACUUAUGUAGAGAUGAAUACCGUUAAAUGAGCUGAUUACUCGUGAUUAAAUUUACAAAAGCCUUGGUACAAUGGUACAAAUUUUAUAAGCAAAACCCUUCUACAUUGGGAAACAUUCAUCAACACCAUGUAAUAUUGAAACAAAAGCUACAAAUGUUUAUUAAAAUGCUUUCAAACUUGGAA